AUGCGUUUCCUUUCCAAGGAUGGCGUGAAGGAGACCGCCUGGCGGUGGCGCUGCAAAGUCCUGCGUACCGCGGACGAACGCACACUCGCCGACUAUAGCGACAGCAGCAGCAGCUUCUUCGAGCAGAGCAGCGAAAAGGCCGUGGGCAAACUGGGCAGCGCGCCGGGCCUGCCAAAGAACAACGGCGCCAAGACCGCCGGCGCCCCGAAUGCCAAAGACAGCCACGCCAGUGUGCUCGGCUCGUCGCUGAUUGUCAAAACGCUCUACGAGGGCACCAAUGUCGGCGACAACUUUACCAACUGGCAGGACUACCCGCCGCGCCAGCUCAGCAAGAGCGCGUCCAAGGUCCAGGACCGCGUGGCCAUCAAGCUCUACAAGGUCAAGGACAAGAACAAGCCCGUGCUGGACGGCCGCUUUGCCAUGAAGUACCACCAGAUCGACAUCCAGAGCCCACUCAUCGUCCAGGCGCUGGCGCCCAUCCUGCGCGACCGCGAGGACCACCAUCUGGACCCGGACGAGACAGCCACCUUCCAUGCGCCCUUCCGCCCGCUGUACUUUUGCUACGACGCCAUUGUCGACACGCUGCGCGCGCUGCAGCCGCAGACCGCGCCCGCCGACGCCGCCCUGCACCCGUUCCUAAAGCUGCUCGUGUGCGUGCUCGACCAGCUCUUCGUCGAGGUGCGCACCAAGCGCCGCACCCUUCUCGAGCGCGGGCUCCUGUCCUUUGAGCACGCCUGGGCCUACUUCCCGCGCAACGCCAUCGUCCGCAGCCACGGCCUCAACGGCGACGUCCUGAGCCGCGUGCUCGACACCAGCUACGUCCAGGUCAUGGGCGCCAAGGUGUUUGUCCUGCGCGUCCAGGUCCUGCGGUUCAACGGCGAGGCGUUUGUCUGGCAGAAGGAGGAGCUCAAGGUGGAGCACUUUGCGGGCAACCGUCCCAUUCUCGAGUUUGACCACUACCCGCUGGAGCACCUGCCGGCCGACGAGCAGGCGGCCCUCAAGACCCGGCUGGCCGCCCGCGGCCGGCUCGUGCUGGACUGCCAGGGCCUCGAGUACCGCCAUUACACGGGCGUCGGCAUGCACGUGAACGAGCAGUGCACGGUGAUGAAGCACAACGUGGACGGGCGCAUUCUGGUCGACGUCGUCGGCUACAACAAGCACCACCUGGCGCAGGGCGUGCGCGAGGGCAAAGACCCGCAGUCGGUGCGCAACGUGGUCGAGGGCACGGGUCGCAGGCCCCUGCGGCAGUAUUUAGCAGGGGAUCCGGAGCCCCCGGCCGUCGACAAAUGGGGAUACCUUUUGGACAAGAGCGCCGGCGGCCGCGCGAGCGACGCGAACGCCAAAGACAAAGCUGCAGACCCGUCCUCGACCCCGCAAACGGGCAAGAUUCAGCGCCUCUCCGAAGAGGAGCAGGCCGCCAACAAGGCGGCGAUGCUGAAGAAGCCCGACGAUCUCAUGUUCAUGUCGCCCACGGUCGAGGGCUAUGCCCUGAAGAACAAGCAAUGGCUCACCUUCUUCGUCGAGGACAUCCGCCCAGUCGCAUGGAACGACCAAGCGUACGACCACCUGGUAUACGACGAGCAGCAGAAGGAUCUGGUCCUCUCGUUUGUCGAGAGCCACGGGCAUACAAAGCACAAAGUGGACGAUGUUAUCAUCGGCAAGGGCGACGGUUUGACCAUCCUGUUGAGCGGCCCGCCCGGUACCGGCAAAACCUUGACCGCCGAGGCCGUGGCCGACCGCACGCACCGGCCCUUGUUCUACCUCCAGGCCGAAGACUUGGGCAUCAGCGCCGCCACGCUCGGCGCCAACAUCAAAAAAGUCUUUGAAAUGGCCACCGAGUGGGACGCCGUCAUCCUGCUCGACGAGGCCGACGUCUUCAUGGCCGAGCGCCACCCGCAGGACAUUGCCCGCAACGAGCUCGUCUCCAUCUUCUUGCGCGAGCUCGAGUACUUCCGCGGCAUCAUCUUCCUGACCACCAACCUGUACGACACCAUCGACACGGCCUUCCGCAGCCGUGUCAGUCUGCACCUGCUGUUCCGCCCGCUGUCGCCCGAGGCGCGGCUGUCGGUGUGGCGCAAGUUUUUGGCGCGUGUGGAGCGGCCCGCUGCCAAGGCCAUGGCGGGCGCGGAGAGCGACGACAUUGCAGGUCAAGGCGAAGGCGAAGGCGAAGCGUCCCGUCCCGGGCCGAGCUCCCUCGCGGUCGUGAAAGGCAGCGACGCCAGUGCCCCCGAGGCGACCGCCGCAGUCUCCAUCACGGACGAGGAGCUGCAAGAGCUCGCCGCGUGGAGCCUCAACGGCCGCGAGAUCAAGACGGCCGUCAAGAUGGUCACAACCUGGUGCGCCCACAAGGGCCACGCCAUGACGCUGGAGCGGCUCGAGAAUGGCAUCCGCGUGACAUCGCCGCACUCGACCAAGACGACCCAGGACAGCAGCGAUCUGUAUGACUAG